AUGAAGAAACAACUCAUCUCCUUCCUUAUUUGUGUCACCAGCGGUGUGACAUCAGCUUUGUAUCUGGCUGAGGACCCCAAGUUCCCUUAUCGCAAACCCGACAAGACGGCCAAUCGCUCCCCUUGCCCGGUUCUCAAUGCUCUAGCCAAUCAUGGUUAUCUCCCUCGUGAGGGGACUGGUAUCACCAUGGACCAGCUAAAAGGAGCCUUUACCAUGGCCUUUAACCUUGACGAAUCAGUAACUGUGGCUGUCUCUAAGCUGGGAUUUACCACAUCAACGACAGGAAAUCCCAACACGCUCAACCUCAAGGACCUUUCGAAACAUAACGUCAUGGAGCAUGAUGGCAGCUUAUCGCGUGCCGACAGUGUUACUGGCGACGCGAACAGCUUCAACGAACAGAUUUGGAAGACUGUAAAGGCGCGCUUCACCGGCCAAACAAUCGACACCAAAACGAUGGCUUUAGCCCGCAGAGAAAGACUUGUCGCUGCGAUGGCCGCCAAUCCAAAAUUCAAUUUGACAUCCAUUCAAGUUAGGGCGUCCGCUGAGGAAUCUGCAUUCAUAUUGGGAGUCCUUGCCGGCAACUUUCAGAAUCCACAAGCACCGACUCAGUACAUGACCAUCAUGUUCGAGGAGGAGCGGAUUCCUUUCAAUGAGGGCUUUAAGACGUCUCCGAAUAAGAUCUUUGCCGAGCAAAUCGUCAGUUUGGCGACAGAUCUUUUGAGGAACACACCGCCAAUGUGUUGA